GUGAGUUACAAAUAACGGAGUUGCAGUGUCGUUUAGAUAAAAUAGAAUCGGUUUAUCCAGAGUUUGACGCUUUACAGAUGGAGAUUGAAGCGUUAACUGAGAAACCCGACGAGGCAUAUGCGGAGCGGGAGCAGUUUGAAAGCCAGUUCUUUAUGUUGGUCUCGACUGCUCGACUUCUUUUGAGCCCUACGGUGCAGUCGAGCGGCGGUCGGGCCGGAUCCGGGUCCGCGGCUUCCACGUCAUGCGGCGGCGGCCGGCAUGACUUCGUUCGUCUGCCCAAGAUUGAUCUGCCUCACUUCGAUGGGAACUAUCAGCAUUGGCUCGGCUUUAGAGAUACGUAUAUUUCCCUUAUUCAUAAUAAUCCCGCUAUCAACGACAUAAGCAAAUUUCACUAUCUUCGUGCAUCUUUAAAAAGCAGUGCCGCCCUUGUGAUUCAAAGUCUUGAUUUUAGCAGUGAUAACUAUCAUAAAGCGUGGCAAUUAGUUUCGGAGCGGUAUGAUAACCCGCGCCUUUUAAUUAAUAAUCACAUCCAGGCCUUGUUUAACCUUGAACCUAUGCAACAUGAAUCGAGCUCUUUGUUACGUAACAUGGUGGACGUAACUAAUAAAAAUUUGCGUGCGCUUGGCACCUUAGGGGAGCCUACCGACCAUUGGGACACCUUAGUUAUCUACAUAAUGUCUAAGAAGUUAGAUCUAGUAACUAAGCGUGAGUGGGAGGAGCACAGAAACCUUUUAACAGGUUCGCCGACGUUGCAGCAAUAUAUUACAUUUUUAAACAACAGGGCCGACUUACUGGAAUCUCUUGGCGAUAAUAACGUCAAUAAUAGUGGUCAAAAGACAUCUAAAAAUAAAUUUCAAUUGCAUUCACAUAGCGAGCCACAAAAGACGCAUAAUUAUCUUACAACUACUAAUAAUAAUUCUUAUCGCAAACCUAUUGUUUGCCCUUAUUGUAAGCAUGAUCAUUUCUUAUUUACAUGCGAAUCCUUUCGUAAAUUAGAUGUUGAUAGUCGGAUAAAAAAUGUAAACACUUACUCAGUAUGUAAGAACUGUCUUCGCCCGGGACACUUAGAAAAACAAUGUGUGUUAUCUCAUUGUAAAUAUUGCAAACUUAAGCAUAAUACUCUUUUGCAUAAACAUGUUGACAAAGCAUCUUCUAGCAGUGACGUUCCGGUGCCAGAUGUUCACUUUAACGGCAAUAUACAAACAAAAGUGUUUACCCCUACUGAGACUUCCGGACUACUGUCCACAGCGUUGGUGCACGUGAGUGACGCGAACGGAGUGCUUCGUGAGGCGCGUCUGCUUCUGGACAACGGUGCUUCCUCCAACUUCGUGACGCGAGAUCUGUGCGGACAGCUUGGGUUAGCGACACGCAGCGCGGGAGCUACGAUCACAGUCAAGGCUCUUCACUUGGAACUUGUCACAAGUCUAACGACAGAGUCGUUCCUUGCUGCUCUCCGCCGCUUCAUGAGUCGUCGGGGAAAGCCUCAAACUCUUUAUUGUGACAACGGAACUUCGUUUGUCGGGGCAUCAAACGAACUUAGUAACUUUUUAAAACAUAAUCACGAUAAGCUGCAGUCAGGUAUGGCAGAAAACCUUAUUAACUUUAAAUUUAGCCCGGCUUACUCACCACACUUCGGCGGACUUUGGGAAGCCGCAGUAAAGUCAACCAAAUAUCAUCUCAAACGCAUUUUAUCUCUUACACAUUUAACGUAUGAAGAAUUAAAUUGUUGCCUGAUUCAGAUUGAAGCGAUUCUGAAUUCUAGACCCCUUACCCCUUUAUCUUCUGAUCCAUCUGAUCUUACCUACCUAUCACCCUCUCACUUCCUUAUUGGACGUUCUCUUCUGUCAGUCCCACAAGAACCUCUGACUGAAGAAAACAUCUCACGGCUCGAAAGGUUCCAGAGAGUUGAAAAACUCAAGCAACAUUUCUGGAGCCGCUUUUCUAAUGAGUAUGUUACUCUCCUCCAGCAUAAGACGAAGUGGCACACCUCGACGGACCAGCUGCAAGUCGGGACUAUGGUCUUGGUCAAGGACCGCGCACUUCCACCUCUCCUGUGGCUGCUGGGACGCGUCACGAAGCUGUACCCGGGCACGGACAACGUCACCAGAGUCGCUGACAUACGCACGAAGAAAGGAGUCAUCCGUAGGGCGUAUAACAACUUGUGCCCCCUCCCUAUUACUUAACUUGUUAUCAUCUUCACUCUAUUUAAUUAUUGUUCGAUUUCUUAACUUCCAUCUAUUGUUCUUUGUUUUUUGUUGAGUAUCUCAACGCCCGGGAGUAUGUUGCGACUGCAACUUAAUAUUAUAUAAAAAUCAAUGCAGUAGCUAAACGCAGCCGUCGGGCUCGGCUAGUAUUCGGAGGCUUUUUAAAAGCACCAAUAGGAGCGCUCCACAUAAUCUGUUUCGCGGCACAUGGAAGCAUUUAAAUCUGAACCUUUGUACUGAUCAAGUAAAAUAUUGCAAAUCACUCUUGCAUCAUCCUCCAUACUUUCAACACCUAUCUUCUACAUUGAACCGUUUUGACAAGAACCCUUGUAAACCAGUACCCCUUUGGAAGAUUAUACUUCACUUCAUUAUAAA